AUGAAAACAAAGAGGCAAUUGAAGAUAUGGGAAAAACAGCAGAAGGAAAAUGCAGCUAAACGCUUUAACAAAGCAUUACAUACAAAUCAGUCUCCUUUUCGAUAUGCUGAACGAACAUAUAAAUCUCGACUCUUGUCCAAAGACGACUUGGAUGCAAUUGUUCAUUUUACUGACAUUGAGACGUUGAAUUCCAAGGAAACACAAGAAAUUUUGGUUCGUGUGCAACUGAAGCAUGACCUUAGAGAAUUGAGCUCCUUGUUUGGAUGUUCUUCAGCAAAAUGGAAGAAACGACAUCUGGAUGCUUUUGUCAUGAAAAACGUGCCGGGCUUAAUAAUCAUCCCUAAUCCGUUCACAUCAUCUGCUCAACGAUCCAUCAUUAAAAGUUGCUUACGCGACUAUGCUAAGCCUCCCCACAAAUCUAAUUUGGAUGGACAUUAUCAUGUGCCUGCUGAAGGUAUUUGGCCUCGUUUUGAAAAAGAAGCAAAGGGGCUACUCAAGCCAGGCGAUCCCGAUUACUAUAUCCCUAUGAAAGUAGAAACUGAAGAAGAAAAUGGUAUGUAUCCAACAGAUAUUGCCAAUGAUGACGAUGCAGCCUCGACAGUGAGCAGCAUGUAUUCUGUAACUACCAGUUCAGUACGACCUUUACCUCCCAGCGUCUUACUAAAAAAACAAAGGUGGGUUACAUUGGGCUAUCAAUAUCACUGGGGAACAAAAAAGUAUAAUUUAGACGAACCUAUACCUGUACCUGAGAAAAUUGCCGAAUUGAUGAAAGCAGUGGCGACAGCAACCGAAAAUGUUGGAUAUGACGAGGCUGACGCAGCAUUGCCUUGGAAGAAUAAAUACAUGGGCAAAGACUUUAUACCAGAGGCAGGUAUUAUAAAUUACUAUCAACUGCAAUCGACGCUAAUGUGUCAUCAAGAUUCGAGCGAAAUCAAUAUGGAAGCUCCCUUAAUAUCGCUCAGUUUGGGUCAUUCAUGUAUAUAUUUAAUCGGUGGAAAUACCAGAGAUACAAAGCCGAUCCCUUUAAGAUUAAAUAGUGGGGAUAUUCUUGUUAUGACAGCUGUAGCAAGAAAAGCUUAUCAUGGUGUUCCUCGAAUCUUGGAAGGUACACUUCCUGAUUAUCUAAAGGCGGACAGUGACUAUGACGACUUCCCUGACUGGAAAUUAUUUGGUGACUAUAUGAGCACAACCAGGAUCAACCUUAACAUUAGGCAAGUCUUUUAUAAGAAUAAGGAUGAUGGAAAAGAUUCUGCUAAGUAA